AUGUCCGCGUCUCGUCGCAAGGCUCAUUUUGAGUUGUGGGUCAUAGGGCGGGCAGCUUUAUCUGAUCAAGGGCCGGGGCACAAGGGUCCUAGUACUAUCCAGAUUCCGGUCAUAGACCUUCAAUCGACCCAUAUAGCAUCAAUGAUGGAGAUGAUUCGUGAAGCCUCCGCGAACCUAGGUAUUUUUCAGGCAGCGAAUCAUGGGAUUCCUGUGAGUGUUAUGGAUGAGGCGGUUCAAGGAGUUCGUAGAUUCCACGAACAAGAUGACGAGGUGAAGAAAGGGUUUUACACGAGGGAUCUUUCGAGUACAUUAGUGUAUAUUAGCAAUUACGAUCUGUAUAGCUCCCCCGCCUUGAACUGGAGAGACAUCUUCUUUUUCAUUUAUGGCUCUGUUACCUCCGCCGCCUGA